AGAAAUCCCAAUAUGAAUAGAACAUGUAAGUAAAGAAGUUCUACAUCGGAAUCCUUUUCCGGUACCUAGUAAAGUUCAUACAUAUAGUAAUAUACCUUACUAAAAUAUUGUACGCAAUCUGUAAAUCGUAUAACCACAGCAAUUCAAAAGUAAGAUAAAGGAUUUCAAAGUUUCAACUAUUCACUCGGACAGAAGCCAUGGCCAGGUGGAAAGAACUUCCUCUUGAUGUAGUAUAUGCAAUUAGCCAAUGUUUGGAAAUCGUACGAUGACUAUACGUCCGAUUUCGCGCAGUAUGUGUUUCAUGGAAGUCCGCAGUGGCAAAGAGCCCAACUCGCCUUCUCCAGUGCCACUGCUCAUGCUACCCUUUGACGACGAAAGUGAAACAUCUCGAAGUUUCUACAGCAUUCUUGAAGACAAAGUCUAUCACAUAGAGCUGACUAGAGGCAAAUAUUUUUGUGGAUCAUCGGAUGGCUCUGGAGAAAAGUCCAGCAUUGACAGUCACGCCGAGAUGCAACAGUCAUUCAUACACAAGAUAGUUCUAUCUCAUACUCCCACCUCUUCAAGCAAUCGUCUGGCAGCAGCAAUAUACGGUUACUACCAAUUGGCCUAUUGCCGAUGCAAAGAUCAGAAAUGGACAGCAUUUGACAAAACAAAACAUGGCUUCGAAGAUGUCAUAUUCCAUGGAGGAAAGAUCUAUGCGGUAAUGCAGAGUGGACCUCUAAUAGUUGCUGAAACGGAUUCUUUUCCAUUAGAGUUCGUCCCAGUGCCUGUAAAUCUUUCAAACAUUUCAGAAUUUUCUUGGAAAUAUCUUGUUGGAUCAAGUGAUGGAUUAAUGUUGGUGUCUAGGUUUCUCCACUCCGGUCCGUAUGUUUACAAGACUGUUAAAUUUUGAGAUGCACAAAUUAGAGUCGAUUAAUGGAAAUCUCAGUUGGUCCAAAGUUACAAGCUUGGGUGAUAAUGUGAUAUUUUUAGGGGAUAAUAGCCCUGUUAUGGUAUCAUCACGAUAUUUUCAGCGGUUCAAAAGGAAAUUGCAUUUACUACACAGAUAAUAUAAAAGAUUUUCAUUC